UGGAGUAUUCCUCCUUAAAAACCCUCUCUGAAAAUGUCAUGUCCCAACAAUGUGACUUCUAACUCGUUUUUGAUGGACUCGUUGGCCGGUACCUGUAGAGGGGAGAAUUAUUCCUCCAGCCAAGGGAUGUACAUGCAGCCUGGGAGCGAUUUCAGCUGCGGAGUCAUGAGGAACUGUGGAAUUAUCCCUUCUCUUUCCAAAAGGGACGAGGUGAAUAGCGCAACCUUGUCUCUCAGCACCUAUCCAUCUUACCUUUCGCAGCUAGACACUUGGUGUGACCCCAAAAAUACGUACAGGAUCGAGCAACCUGUUGCAAGACAGCUCCCAUCCUGCUCCUUCCCAACCAAUGUCAAGGAAGAGAAUGUUUGCUGUAUGUAUAACGCUGAUAAAAGGGCAAAAAAUGCCACAGAGACAGCCCUCUACCCCAACCAAAUGCCUGAGUCUUGCCUAAAUGACCAUGAAGUCCCCGUUCCUAGCUACUACCGAACAAGCCAAGGUUACCCCUCCAUGGAGAAGACGUCAAACUGCAGCGAUCCAAAUGAGUUUGAGGCAAGUUUUGAAUCCAGGGCGAGCCUGAACCCAAGGAAUGAGCAUCUGGAACCAGCACCUCCACCUCCUCCACCUCCUCCGCCGCCCCCGGGGGCUAAAGUGAGUUUCCCCGAAAACACAAAAACAGAUAAUACUCAGAACACAUCCACCAACGAAAUUAAAACAGAAAAAAGCGCCCCAGCACCCAAAAUAAGUCCUUCGGAAGCAGAGAAAGAGCUGAAUAAAAACACUGACACCAGCACUGACAAUUCUGACAAUGAAGCGAAAGCUUCAGUUUUCGUUUAUGUUGAACCCGAAUUUUACAUUCGUGCGGAAG